AUGGCGUUUGGGCUCAUUGUUGAAGGACCCAGCUCUGAUCCAGACAGAGCUACAGCGAAAGGUUUACCUCCAACUAUAAAUGUUGAAGUUGGACGAACUCAUGUACGUGCCAUUGUUUAUUUCAGUGCAAACGCAUCAGUAGUGAGUCGAGAUGAAACUUGUGACACAUGCACGGAGACGGACUCAGUUAUCAGUGCAGCGGCAAGGAGAGACCGCCCCUCGAGCCGGAGCUCGCGACAUAAUCAUUCUAGUCAGUAUAGGGACAGACACACCGCCCACCUCGGUCCCCGAAUUAAUGGCCAUGCAAAGCAUGAACGACAUCGAGAGCGGCCUCCCGGCCCCCAUCAGUAUGAGACAUCCACCAUGAUGAGCAGUGAUCUCGAAACCACCAGCUUCUUUGACUCGGAGGAUGAUAGCAGGUUUUCAACAGUUACUGAUACAACAGGAAUGUCAUCACGAUAUGGUCGCCAUCGGAAACGGCGGAGGAGACAUCGGCCGCCUCCUAUCAGUAGAGCUUCAUCAUUUAGCAGUAUAACCGAUUCGACAAUGUCUCUAAACAUAAUAACAGUUACACUUAAUAUGGAUACAGUCAACUUCCUGGGAAUCAGUAUUGUGGGACAGAGCAACAAGGGAGGGGAUGGCGGCAUCUAUGUGGGCUCCAUCAUGAAAGGCGGCGCUGUAGCUCAAGAUGGCCGCAUUGAACCAGGGGACAUGAUUCUCGAGGUGAAUGGUAUCAGUUUCGAGAACAUGAGUAACGAUGAUGCCGUAAGGACGUUACGAGAGGCAGUACAGAAACCGGGUCCAAUCACACUAGUCGUAGCCAAAUGUUGGGACCCAAACCCUAAAGGUUAUUUCACAGUUCCAAGACAGGAGCCAGUUCGGCCAAUCGACCCGUCGGCGUGGGUUGCACAUACGACUGCGAUGCGGGAACACUACAUGGGGCGUGGCGGACCCAGCACCUCAAUCAGCAAUAUGACGUCAACUAGCUCCUCACUCACUAGCUCUAUACCUGAGUCAGAACGGUUUGAUGACUUAAAUCUCACAGUGAAUACUGACAUGGCAACCGUUGUCAAGGCGAUGGCACAGCCAGACUCAGGGCUGGAAAUCCGAGACAGAAUGUGGCUCAAAAUAACGAUACCAAAUGCUUUUAUAGGUUCCGAUCUUGUAGAUUGGCUCUUUACGCACGUGGAGGGUUUCGCUGACCGGAGAGAUGCAAGGAAAUAUGCUUGUAAUCUGCUGAAAGCUGGCUACAUCCGGCACACAGUCAACAAGCUGACGUUUUCAGAACAGUGCUACUACGUCUUUGGAGAUCUCUGUGGUCCUCCGCAGUAUCCAGAUCUGACAUCGCUGAGUCUUGAAGACGUGGACUCUGUAUCAGAAGCCGACCGUGACACCCUCGCCCCCCUGCCACCCCCUGCGUGGAACAAUCAAUACCCCUACAGCAGCUCCAACUACUUGCCCCAGAACCUCAGCUAUAUACCCCCCUACAGCUACACAAGCACUGACAACACCAGCUACGUCGGCAGCUUCGUCGACGGCAUGCCGCCCCCACCUGUUGGUGCAGUGCCCCCUGGUGGUGGAGGUAAUGGCAGUGCAGGGAGUGUCCAUAGUGCAUCAGUCGCUGCUAAAGACUGUACAUGUUUAGUUAGUACAUACAAUCAUUUGCGCAAGCUUUGGGAAAAUAAGGAUAAACAAAGUGCCCAUCACCAUCAACAGUCCUCCUCGUGUGAUCCCCACCGGCGUAGCUUGGCGGAGCACACCGCCCACGCCAUGCAUGGGAGCAGACAUCAUAUUGCAUGGAGGAGAAAUUCCUCGAGUAGUUUGGGGAGCAGUGCAUCUGGUAGCAGCAAGAAGGAGAAAGAAAAGUCCGACCGAAAAUCUGCUAGUCCUGCUGGGAGCGGCGGCGGCAGUGACACUGACACAGCCAGCCUAGCGAGCGCGCGACGAGGUGCCCCCAGCGAUCGCAGCCUCCCCCCACCUCCUGGGCCUCUUGCACAGAUGCCAGCAGACCUCAGUGGGAGCAGGCAGUCCUUUAGAAUGGCCAUGGGAAACCCAUCUCUUCUAGAGAUUGAGGACAUACCGACCACGAUUGACUGACGGAAAGUUGCUGCCUGUCUGCCACCUGCCCGUUGCAUUCUUCCCUCCGCCCGUUGCCCGCCCGCCCGUAGCCCGCCCGCCAUCUCACAUCUAACCCACUUCGUUCUUCUAACAACGCUAACCCUUCUACAGUGCCCGCCCGCCUCGUUCGUUCGUUCGCUCUCUGACGCUCUUUCCUUCCCAUCAUGCAAUUAACCCUGCUGCAUAAACCUCUGUUGGACUUCUCAAAGCCUUGCUUUGGAUUUCACAUGGGUGGGUGUGCACCAAUAGACAUGAUCGUGGUUAGUCAUGUGACGUGUCAUCAUGUGAUACCUAGCACCGAGGACAGACCGGCCAAUGAAUCCUGUCCAUGAGAGAGAGAGAGAGAGAGAUCACAACAUUGUAUACAAAGUUAUUUUUGAAGAAGCCAGUAGGUGUGUAGCUUGACUGAAUGCUGUAGAAGACGUGAAUGCUGGAAAUUGGUUUUCAGUUUCCACAACAGUUACUUCCCUUUGUUUCAACUCGUCUUUCGUUUCCUUAUUCACUUUCCUCACUCACCUUAUGCAUGCUUUCCAAAUGCUUGUGUAACCAUUGCCAAAAUUAACACUGUCAAAACAGAGUGCAGUCUGCUUGAUCACAAAUACUUUUUCUAUUCUUUGCCUGUCUAUUGCUGUUCUGUUCACAUCUGCUUGUCUGCAUGCGUUACCUUUAAUAAACUAACUCAUGCAUAAUUCUUUCAUGGGGUGUUGAUAAAGAGGACUUUAUCUAAUGGUUAAAUCUAAUCCAGUUUUGGAAGAAGCAAAACAUAGGUUGAUUUUGACACCAUUCGGAAAGAAUUCUGCAAGCAUGGCAACCCACACCCAAGCCCCAUUCUAAGCAUGGCCUGUCAUCCUCAGCACUGCCCCUCCCACCUAUCCCAGCAUCCUUUUGGCAUGCAAUAUUCCGUCUCAGUGGCCAGCAUGUCCGUCAUCAAACACUCAUGAUGACCUCAUUAUCUGCUGACAGUGACGUCAUCGUCAUGAGUUUGACCUGAGAAACAUAUCAAAGUGUCCAGCUGCAUCCAAUUUCGAGCUAAAUUAAUUGAACUUUCAUGCAAUGGUGUGAAAGUAGAAAUAUGUUUAUUUUAUAAUUUAUGUUAAAGCUUUAUUUCAGGUUUCGACAAUCAAGUUUUAUUUGAACUGGAAAUUGUCUUAUUAGUUCAAAUUGUCUAAUUAUAUUGGGAGGGUAGCCACCUGGCAUAAUUUCAUUGAUUUGAUAGUGAUUAUAUAAAAAUCCCUAAUGAGGACAUUUUUGGAAAUUUUUGCUAUUAUUGGCAUAAUUUGAAUUAUCCUGGAAGAAAUAAAAUUGAACUGAAUAAAGUGUUUUCCUUCCAUGAAGGAUCGUAAGUAUGAAGGUGAUUUAAAUCAAAUUCCAUAAUAACUACGUAAGUUUCGGAAUUCUAUUAGUGUUAGCAUAAUUCAUUGUUAAAAUCAAUUUCUGAAAGUUGUUGUGCCUUGAUAAGAUAAUGGAUGUUGAACAGCUGGAGGUCAUUUGUCAAACGUCAGUCGAAGACCGACUUAAAAGGUGAACUGUUUGUCGUCUUCUAUACCCCUUGCUUUUGCAGGCCAUGUUCUUACAAGCAGUUCCUCAGUUACGUACUACACUGACGCGUGUGCAGUUUACGUACAUGCUACGAUGUGUACAUAAGUCGUCGAACAUGCUACGAUGUAUGCAUCACUUAUCGAAUAUGCUACGAUGUACGUAAGUCCUACAUUAUAUUUGUAAGUCAAUCAUUGUGGCACAAAUUGUGAGGCCUGCACAAAUAGUAUGCGUAAGUCCUACAUGCUACGAUUGAUUAAUUUACGUAAUAUAUUAGACAUACGUCACACGUACAUGUUACGAUGAGUUAUGUAAUACAUAUGUGUGUAAUGUCUUAUGGACAUGCUAAGAUUGAGUUAUGCAUGGUAGUCAAAUAUGUUUACGUUGAAAACAAGAGAAAAUUGCUCAACGUGGAUAAUAAUGAGUUUUAGUCUUUGACAUGGUGGUAUAUUGUUACUUCUGUAAUUCUGAUGAAUUGUUUGUAAGUUUUCUUUUCAUGUUUGCAUACAUACUCAUGGUAUGGUAGUUUACGAUUUAGUUAGAGCAGUAGUUGAUAGAAAUUGUUUCGAUAAUUGUAACGAGAGCAACAACUUGGGAUUGAACCUGAGACAGCACAGCUACUAUUUCCAUUGGUUUCUGGGUUGAGUGGUUUUCUCUUGUUAAUGAAUGCCUUGUACAAAUGCAGAACACCAGUGUAUGACUGCUAGAGUGAUAGUGCGAAUGAAUGCUGUGGGAGUGCAUGGUACAUAGUAUGCAAGACCGGCUGACUCUAGUGGCCGUUAGUGAGAAACCUGCUCGGAUGGACUAUGCUAUUUAUCUUGACAACUUUUAACCUUUUGUACAGACUACAUCUGCUAUUGUAUAUUAUUUUCUGUCCUUGUACAAAGCUUCUUCACCUGUACAGUUUUACUAUGUGCUUUUUUAUGUUGAUGAGAGUUGUCUCCCUUUGUCAAGUACGAAGUUGUGAUAAGACAUAUCGAUGAUUUUAAACGAGUGUUGGCAUGAACACAUUGCUCUGCUGAUAAUCUGGUGUCCAUCCAUUUAACUUGCUCUUGUGUGCAUCACUUAUUGUUUGUUUCAACAAGUAUAUUUUAUAUGUCACUAUUACAGCCUAAUGUGUAGACUUGGUUGAGAUUGUUUGCCUACUUGUUAUGUAACGUAAACCUGGCGCCGAUUCUGAAAUAGAUACCUGAGCUUAUUUCUGAAAUCGAGAGAAACCUGAACUGUGAAGAUAUAUGAAUAUUGUCAACUUGAUUUGUUGUCUCUGUUAUUGUGUAUCCAAUCAACCAUCAUCUUCCAUCAUGUCCGGGAGUGGGGUAGCCUAGUGGUUAAAGCGUUCGCUCGCCACGCCAAAGACCCGGGUUUGAUUCCCCACAUGGGUACAAUGUUUGAAGCCCAUUCUGGUGUCCCCUGCCGUGACAUUGAUGGGAUAUUGCUAAAAGCAGCGUAAAACCAAAGUCACUGGCUCACUCCAUCAUGUCCAGGUGAACUGUCUCUGUUUCCCGACUUGGGUGCUAGUUGUCCUCGACAUCAUCGCCAAAACAUCAGAACAGGACCUUUCCCGUCUACAGUGCAAUAUCCUUGCUUUACCAUAUAGCAGGUCCCACAUACAAACCACUUGAAACAGAAGUUUGUAAUGAACCUUUACAAUCAACGCACAAGUUUUAGAGCUGCUUUGUUGUAGUUACAAGCUGGACUUUUACUUCAGUGUUAAAGAGCGGAUAUAUGUUUUAAUUUAUUAUCAGAUCUCGACUCAUUGCCAAAUUUUAUGUUUUUGCCUAUAUUUUACCUUCUUUCACCAACUUCAACCACAGAGCUGAUGAGAACUUAAAUAUUUGUCAAAUUCAGUUGCUACUUACGGACUGGUCAUUAAUUAUGGGGGAGGGAGAGCCGGUGAGAUUAGGGGAGGAGGGGGGUUCAAUAGAAAAUGACACCGGGGAAACAGAGGGAGGAGUGUCACAAAAUUUAACACAAGUAUGUAGGGGGAGGAGAAGAAAGAAGGGAAAAUGACUUUUUUUCCAAAUAAAAGCAAUGACCAGUCCCUUAUCUAAAUGAAUGAGUGGUGAUCUGUCUCUUUUCUCAUUUGAAGGGGCACAAAGAUGAGGAAGAUUAGCAUUACAAUAAAUUCUACCUCAUAAGUGAUUUUUUUGUGAAAUAUUUAUGCUUAUAUGACAGAAAGUUAGAUAGUUGGUUGAAAUUCUAUGUCAAUUUGUCCGUGGGAGAGCGAAGAAGUCCUUGCCAUUUCGAAUAAGACUAAGGACUUCUAAGAUUUGAAUCAUCUUUCGUAGUUGUGUUUUCUCGCAGACUGACCUGACAUGAAGCGAUAGGACCAUUUUUUAUAAGACAUGAUUACACCAUUUAACCUGAAGCCACCCAUCUGGUUCAGGCUUAAAUUUAAUGAUGAGAAGUUACUUGACUGCAUGUGGUAGGUUAGUCACCAUUAUGUUGGCCCAGUGAACUGAUACCAACCUUUUGUGGAGUCCUGUUUUAAGGAAAUCAUUCACGAACCUGUAUUCCUAGAGUACAGGGUAUUGUUGUUAUUUUCAUGUUUCAUUGCCAUGCUAUUGUGCAACUCUCAUACUAUACUGAGGGAAAGAAGUAAAGGAACACAUUUAUAUGUUUGAUGAUGGAAAGAAGUAGAGGAACACACGUUUGACAACAUCGUAAAGUUUCCCAAAGAUGGCAGCCAUUUUGCUGACAUAAAGGCUAUAGGUUGUACACAGCAGUUAACUUUCUCUACAUAUUUUGCUGUCCCCUUAUUUCUUCCCAUGAGUAUAUGUACAUCAUAACCUUACAGAGGCUCUGAAACCACUUACAGAGGCUCUUAAACCAUGCUCUUUCGUUAGGGCUCUUAGACUAAGCUCUUGCAGGGGCUUUAUUAUGUUCAUAUGCAGAUAGGGAAGCUAUGAAUGACUAUUUAUAGAAAUGUUGCCUUACGUAGGGUUAUUUUUGUAGUGUAGCGGCUGGUUGAGAGCAUGCAGAGUGCGUCCGAGCAGGUCAUGUGCUUGAUUGUGUAAACAGUUUUUGUAAAGAAAAUCUGAGUUGACUGUAGACAUGUGUAAAUGUCACCAAAUUGUCAUAAUAAACGAAUAUUCAAAGAUA